AUGGAGCAAAGCCAGGGACCCCCACAACUUCCAACGCAGAGUGCCUUUCGGUCUCGACGAUCGUAUCCCUCUCUGCACCAUGUCUCCCUCGCGCCUCUCAAUCCGCGCUUUCUCAGUGAAGACGAAAUCGACGAUCCGGACUACUUCAACCAUCCCCACCACAGCAGCGAGCACCACAAUCACCACGACAGGCCGGACCCGCCCACGGCACGGUCUUAUCUGGCUAGCUUCUCCGUCCCCGGCACUCCGGGGGUCCUCUCGCACUCGCAUUCCCGCAGCGGGUCCCGCGCGCGACACCCUCCCCGGAGCAAGAGUUCUAGCCGCAUCCACCACGCCAGCGAUCCCAACCUACAAGCCCGGGGUGCGAGCAGCCCGCUCCAUCAACAACAACAACAACAACAACAUCAUCAUCAUCAUCAUCCACAUCACCAACAUCAUCACCAUGCCAGCCGCAGCACUCGCUCCCGUCAAUCCCCGAACCACCAUCAAGAUACAGAAUGGAUGCUCCGCGCCGGCAUUGCACUCGCAUCCUCGACCCGCGAAGAAAAGGGCCAGAGCUGGCUCGUGAAGCGGCAGAGUUCAACGAGUCUGAUCGACGAGGACCAUCAACUCAGCCUUGACUUCCUCAACGAUCACCACCAUCCCCAUUCCCGAAACAACCACCAUACCUGCUCCUCCGCGAGCAGUCCUCGACAGGGCCGCUCUGGACGGUCCACCCCAGCCGCAGCCAACUCCCGCUCCAGACGGGCCUCGCGGUCCCGCCCAGGAAGCCGGGUAGCCAGCAGAGCGGAUCUCGCCAUGACUAGUCUGGGGAUGGCAACCUCAACAGCAGCCUCCGCCUCCCGCCGCGAGAGCAGGACGGCCGACCUCAUAGCCAGCACCGGCGGCACCCAAAGGACCGAAGAACAGCAGCAACAGCAGCAGCACCGCCAGCUCGUCCCAGACUUCGUCGACGAGCGCGUCCGCGCCGAAAUGGCCUCCCUCCAACGCGACGAAGACGCCCAAUUCGACAACGCGGAUGACCUCGCCUCCUUCACCUCAGACUACCCGUACCUCGACUCCGACGAUGAGUCCGACGAGAUCGACGAGCAGGAAUUGCAACGCCUCACGCGGGAGCGUGGAUUUGGCCUCGGCAGCUGGAUCGAUCGCAUGGUAGAAUGGACCCUAUUCGGUGUGGAGGACUGGCCGCUCUCGUUCGGCGGCGGCGGUGGCGAAGCCCCCGAAUCCCGUAGAACGACCACACUGCCGGAGCAUCACCCUCACCCCUUGACUGGAACACAGGACAACGAGGACAACAGCAUCGCGGAUGACCCCACAUCUCCCCAUGCAGCCGCCGCCGCCGCCGCAGGAUCUUCCGCAGAAGAUACAGAUACAAUGUCCCUCGCCGAGUCGGACGGUCUCUCCGUCCACGAGAAACCGGGGGACCAAGGCGGCUGGGGAGAUGCCGGGUGGCUGUUCCGUGCUGUGAAACGUGCGUUGUAUUGAGCUCUCCCCUUGACUAGAAGCAAAAUGACCGUACGUGUGUAUGUAUAAUACACCUUGUUCGUGUAUGUACCCGUGUGUAUCUCCUCGGCGAGGGGAGGGGGUCGGAGGCUCUGUCUUCUUCUUCUCUGCUCGGCUUCUCGUUCUCUCGCUACGUAAAGCACUGGGCUCGGGUUCAAGUCGUGUCUCCACCAUCCCUCAGUGCGAAUCAUUGCAUGAUGGAUGUGACUGACUACUGGGACUGCUAAGAUAUAUCUAAUUGUUCUAUGGACCCACGAGUCAAAACUGGGUCUCUUUCAAGUAUGACCUCUUGAAACUACAGAUGAAGGGAGAC